AUGGAUCAUAGGAAUCGCUGGUCGCCUCUGUGUUGGCGAUUUCUUGUAUUCUGCUGUGUUCUCUUGAAUUUUUCGCGAGCGCAACAGGACUCGAUUGAAGACCUUAUUAUUGUUCGUAAUUCUGGCAUUGCAGUACCUUUCGGUAGGGAAAAACUUGUAGACCCGGUGAGUGAGUUACAUAUUGCCGUUCAGCCAGGUGAUCGAUGUGGCGUUAGUGUAUUGUAUAACGAUCCACUAUCACAGUGGCCCGGACGACUGUCACCGAACAGUUUCCCUUGCGAAUUUCAAUACGGACUCGUUAAAUAUUCGCAUUUUGGGUCUCGGCGACCGCAGACAGACAGGGUAAAACUACAACUUCGUUAUGAUACUCCAACUGACACCUUCAUUAUUCCAUUCAUGAUUGAUGUCAAAGUGGAAGCCAUACAACUGGAAAUUGUUACUAGAAAUAUUCCACUUCAAGUCCAACAACUUAUGGGUACAAGUGACAUUAUCGAUGAUUCCAAGUUAGAGUUCACGUACGACCGUGCGUCCGAACGAUGUAAAGUAACCAUUCUCAGCUCCAACAGUGGAUAUCCGAAAUAUGGCCAUGUUAUCAACAUCGCGGACAGGGAACAAGGUGUUAUGAUGGACUGUGACGAUUUCUUGGAUGCCGGUAUUCGCUAUCGACACACCGCUGAAACCAACUCACCGCGUGAAGAUUUUAUUCCUAUGGUUGUGGAAUUGCUGGAUCGAAACGGGAAUCGAGUCAAGCAGGAAUACUUUCAAAAGAUGGUCAGAAUCGUCCCAGGCCAGGAAAACAAUCCACCAAAGCCAAGUCCUACCGCAUUGCUGCUAAUGGAAGUCGACCAGUUUGUAAUGACUGCCAUUACCACGGAUAUUUUAGCUGCUCAGGACCUAGAAUCUGACCCAGAUAAGUUAAUUUUCAAUAUAACAUCACCAUUAGGGCCUGGGGAAGGCUACCUUGUUAGUACAGAUGAUCGCAAUCUAGCUAUUUCAUCUUUUUACCAAAAAGACAUCCGAGAACUAAAAAUUGCUUACGUUCCACCGAGUGAAGAUUCAAACGAACAGAGAAUUUUUCAAAUUGAGUUUGAAAUUGUGGACACUGAACUUGCAACCUCUGAGCCCUUCACACUUAUGAUACUUGUCAAACCAAUGAACACGCUGGCGCCAGUGGUAACCAGAAAUACAGGUAUGAUGCUAUUUGAGGGUCAAUCACGACCGUUUCUCAGCUCUGUUAAUUUAGAAAUUUCCGAUGAGGAUAACUUAGAAGAUGUUCGGGUCACUGUGUUGGACGGGCUCCGACAUGGCGAGCUUCUGAUCAAUGGCAGACGGCAGAAAUUCUUCACCGCUGCAGACUUGGUAUCUGGUGCUGUUGUGUAUCAUCAUGAUGGCACCGAUACGUACAGUGACAAUAUUAUUUUUCGAAUGACUGAUGGUGAGAAUGAGGUAGAAUUCCUCUUUCCCAUCACCAUUGCUCCAGUAGAUGAUGAACCACCGAUAGUCAAUGUAAAUACCGGUCUAAUAAUCAAUAAAGGUGAAGUGGUACCCAUUACCCUCUUCACCUUAAGCGCAACUGACGUGGACUCUGAUGAUGCAACCAUAAUGUUUAUCAUUGAAGCUCCUUAUUCCACUAAAGGGGAAAUCAUUAGGCGACAACUUGAGAUCCCUUCUGACCCCCAGAACUGGCAAUUUGUCGAUAAUUACUAUGAGCAACCAGUGACCGAAUGGCUACAAGAAGAAAUUUUUAACGAUAAAAUUUACUAUCGUCACAUUGGACCUCAUAAUACUGAAGUAAUUGUGGAUCAGUUUCAGUUCAGAGUUGCGGACAAAAACGAUCCUCCGAACAUUUCACCAGUACAUACGUUUUACGUGAAAGUCAGACCAGUUGAUGACCAACCUCCAUAUCUGUAUCCGGAUACAGCAUUACAGAUGGUAGUCGAUGAGUUCGAACUUACUUCAAUUACAAAGAAAUUUCUCCGCUACACAGAUUUAGAUUCGGAUGAUAGAGAACUGAAAUAUACACUGACUGAGCUGCCGUUUGACAGUGAUUUAGGCAAUCCUUUACCAGCUGGUGAAAUUGUACUUUUUGAAAAUCCAGAUAGUCCAGUUGUAAUGUUCACUCAAGCACAGUUGAACCAUCUGAAAAUAGGCUACAAACCUCCUCCAGUCGAGUUAGGUAUCACGCCAAGAGUAAUCCAGUUUAUAUAUUCCGUACAAGAUCCCGCAGGAAACAUAGUUUCUGGCCAACGCUUCACAAUUUUUUUGCGUCCAAUAGACAAUAAACCACCCACUAUAACUAACACUGGAUUUACUGUGUUUGAACAUGGCACUAUGGUAAUCAGCCCAACUAUGCUGGAUGCAACAGACCCAGACACUGACCUCGGGCUCAUUAUCUUUACUGUCACUGAAUUACCUAAAUAUGGUUAUUUAAACUAUGAUGGAGUGGAAAUGAUCGUUGGUGAUAUAUUUGUACUCGAAGAUAUUCAGAAUGGCCGCAUUUCAUAUGUAAAUAGUGGCGCUGAAGAACUAGGUGAUACUAUCCUACUGGAUGUCAGUGAUGGCGUUCAUAUUGUUCCAGUGAUUAUCCGAAUCAACGUGCGCCCAAUAGACGAUGAAGCACCAACAUUGGAUCUACCACCAGGUACGGUAGGAUCCCAAUUUGAGGUAUUAGAAGGUGGCAGUACUUUGAUUACAACUGACGUACUCAGCGCUUCUGAUCCAGAUACUGACAAUUUAAUGUUGACUUUCAUCAUUUCAAUACCUCCUUUAAUGGGCAUCAUUGAGCGUAAUGGCUUACCCACAGAUCGCUUCACCCAGCAAGAUAUUGUGAAUGGAUUAGUUGUUUAUCGACAUACGAGUGGCGAAAUCGGGUUGCGUAAACGAGAAGAUAAUUUCAUCCUGAUGCUGUCGGACAUGUCAGAUGAUUGGGUUGUUGGUGGAAAUCGAAUCACUGAGGUGGCAGUUUAUGUCACGAUUUUGCCUGUUGAUAGCCUAGCUCCAAAUGUAACAGUCGGACUUCCAUAUGUCGUGUACGAGGGUGACAAAAAUGUCAUCACCUAUAACUUGGAUGCCACCGAUUUUGAUACUGUUGAUGAUGAAAUAACUUGUACAAUUAUCGUGCAACCUACGCAUGGAUAUGUGGAAAACAUAUCUCCAGGUCCUGGAUCCGAAAAAUCACGCUCUGGAAUGCCUAUCAGCGCAUUCACUAUAAAUGACAUUCGUCAGCAUCAUAUUAAUUACGUACAAAGCAUACACCAAGAAAUCGAACCCGUUGAAGAUCGCUUCACGUUUCAUUGUUCUGAUGGCAUAAAUUUUUCUCCAAAUUAUUUCUUUCCAAUUGUCAUUGAACCAGUCAAUGAUGAAGAACCUGAGGUGUUCAUGCGUGAGUUCGUAGUAAUGGAAGGAAUGAACCUGGUCAUAGAUACCCCCAUCUUAAAUGCUAUUGACUUGGAUGUGCCUGCGGAUGAACUCCACUUCUUUAUUGUAAAACAGCCAGAGCAUGGUCUUAUCGAACAACAAAGGCCAACAGGAGCGAUACCAGUUUCAAAUUUCACAUUAGAUCAGAUUAUUCAAGGAUCGGCAAUAGUUUAUAAACACGAUGACUCUGAGACGUUCGAAGAUUCUUUCACUAUUCGGCUUACCGAUGGUAUUCAUGAAGUAGUGAAAGUUAUUCUCAUCAUGGUGAUACCAGUUGAUGACGAAACACCAAGACUAACCAUCAAUAACGGUUUAGAUAUUGACAUUGGGGAAGCUCACCUCAUAACAAACGAUAUCCUCAAAGCGACAGAUUUAGACUCACCAGAUCCUAGCCUUACUUUUAUUGUAAGGUACGGCCCACGUCAUGGAUUCUUACAACGUCUUAACAAUGAUGGUACCGUUCUCCAAAAUAUAACAAUCGGUAUGAAUUUCACACAGUCGGAAAUUGACAAUAAUCUUAUUCGCUAUAUACACACAGGCCACGAAGGUGUACGUGAUCUCAUUAAAUUUGAUGUGACUGAUGGAAAGAACCCUCUCAUUGACAGAUACUUUUAUGUCACCGUUGACAAUAUUGAUAUGAUCUUCCCGGACGUCAUCAAUAAAGGUGUAGAACUCCAUGAAGGUGGAAGGGUAAUUCUCACAACCGACUUGCUAAGUACAACCGAUCUUAAUAGUGCUGAUGAGCAUUUGGUGUUUACCGUUAAACGUACUCCAAUCAAGGGUCAUCUUGAGAGCACUGAUCACCCAGGUAUGCCGAUUGUAACAUUUUCGCAGUUGGACUUGGCUGGUAACAAAAUAUAUUACAUCCAUACAAGCGAUGAUGAAAUCAAAAUGGACAGUUUUGAGUUUGAAGUCACUGACGGUUUCAAUCCCGUAGUCCGUACUUUCCGUAUCUCUAUCAGUGACGUUGAUAACAAAAAACCUGUACUGUUCUUUGAAGAUCUUUACGUGAAGGAAGGUACCAAUAAGUUGAUCACACCUUUUGAGUUACGAAUUGACGACCGUGACACUUCUGAUGAACUGUUGCAGUUUACCAUCACUCAGGUGCCAGUCCACGGUAAUAUCCUGUGGAACUACACCAAUGCCGUGACAACAUUCACCAUGGAGGACCUGAACCAAAAUUUCAUCAGCUACCAACAUGACGGAUCAGAGACGACUCACGAUAGCUUCUCGUUUAUCAUCACUGAUGGCACACACACAGACUUUUACGUUUACCCCGAAACCACUUACACUACUAAGAGACCACAGAUGAUUGACAUUAAUAUCAUCCCAGUGGACAACGGCAUUCCACAAAUUGUCACAAACAAAGGCGCCACAACCAUCGGCAGAUUGGACACUGGUCACCUGGGCUAUAGGAUUACUAACAAAGCGCUGAAAGUUGAAGAUCGAGACACUGACGACCGUACAUUGGUAUACAUGAUAACUACACCACCACAGCAUGGCUAUCUUAUUAAUGUUGAUUAUGGAAACCACAGUAUCACAAACUUUACACAAGGUGACGUGGACGAUAUGCUGAUACAUUACGUCAUAUUUGAUAACACCAAUGCCACAGGUGAUAUCUUUUUCUACAAAGUCACAGACACAGGUGACAAUACAUUGGCCAAUCAGCUGUUCCGUCUCAACUGGGCUUGGAUCUCACUGGAGAAGGAUAUCAUGAGCACUGUUAUCAGUGAUAAUAGAAUAAAGACGGUUGAUGGAACAGCAGUGAAAGGCGAAGAUUUCAAUGGAAAGUCUGCCAGGCAGGUUCAGUUCAACCCAGGACAGACUGUGGGUAAUUGGAGAGUGAAGAUUUUAAAAGAUGAUGAGUUUGAAGAAGUGGAAACAUUCCAGUUAAUCCUGCAUGAUCCUGUGAUGGGUGCAUUGGAACAUCCAGACGUAGCUCUUGUGGAAAUACACGAUUAUGAAGACGAAUCCACAGUUUGUGUUGAUUUACCAGAUAGUUAUAAGAUUGAGGAGAAUAUUGGUGAACUUCUGAUACCGAUAAAGCGUACUGGUGAUCUUAGUAAAGAAAUGAUGGUCAUCUGUUCUACUGUACCAGGCACUGCUUCUGGUACUGACCCAUCACCUGUGUUAUCUUACUCCGAUUACAUAAGCCGUCCCGAAGACCACACAAGUUUUGUUCGCUUUGACCGUGACCAAGCUGAAGCAUUUUGUCGGAUAGUUAUCAUCGAUGAUUCGCUGUACGAGGACGAGGAGACCUUCCAGGUGAAGCUGAGUAUGGCGAUGGGGGGCGUUAUCUGUGGAAAAUCCUCUACUGAUGUGGUCAUAUUGCAAGAUUCCGAUGACGAACCAUCAUUUUAUUUUGGUGAUACCGAAUAUGAAGUUGAUGAAAGUGAAAGCUAUGUAGAAGUGAAAGUAUGGCGUACUGGUACCGAUUUAUCCAAGAUGGCCAGUGUCACAGUCAGAUCCAGAAAAUCAGAUCCAGAAUCUGCCAUCGCUGGUCAAGAUUACAGCGCUAUCAGUAAAAACCUGGAUUUUGCUCCUGGAGUAACGAUGCAAACGGUGAGGAUAACGAUUCUAGAUGAUCUAGGACAGCCAGUGUUGGAAGGACCUGAAACGUUUCAGUUGGUUCUAAGAAUGCCAAUGGGAGCUGUGUUAGGUGAUCCAAGCACUGCUGUGGUCACCAUCAAUGACUCCAUAUCAGAUUUACCCAAGAUGGAGUUCCGUGAUCCAACCUACAUGGGUUUUGAAAACGAUGGCAGAAUAACCACUUACGUUAUACGUACUGGCGAUAUCAGUCAUACUUCCACUGUCAGAUGUUAUACUCGACAAGGCACAGCGCAAGUCAUGAUGGAUUAUGAUGAACGACCCAACACUGAUGCAUCCAUUAUAACCUUUCUACCAGGUGAACAGGAAAAGCCAUGUGUUGUUGAGUUGAUGGACGAUGAUCUUUAUGAAGAAGAUGAACAGUUCAGACUUGUGUUGGGAUCUCCUGGAAGUGAUUCAGCAUUAGCUGCAAUGGUUGGCAACCAGAAUGAAACCACGGUAACAAUCAAAGAUGAUGGAGAUAAGCCUAUUAUUAAGUUUCCUGAGACCAGAUUUAGCAUUAAUGAACCCAAGAAUAUAGACGAUGUAGCCAUAGUACGUAUUCCAGUCAUUAGAAUGGGAGACUUGUCGGAGACAUCUAUUGUCAGAGUUCACACUAAAGACGGCUCUGCCAAGAGUGGAGUGGAUUAUAAUCCAUUGUCAAGGGAUCUCGAAUUUGGUUUCAAUGUCUCUAAGCACAUUGUAGAAAUAGAAGUUCUAUAUGACGGUGAGAAAGAAUCGCGAGAAUCGUUCACCGUGCUGCUGAGAAUGGAUAUGAAUAUGGUAGCUGAUGUGCAGAUGAAUAAGGCUAUUGUAUAUAUUGAAGAAAUGAAUGAAAUGGCAAGUGUGACAUUCCCAACUAAUCCAAUAGUGACGUCACUUGCAAACUAUGAUACCACUGAAAAUCUCCUUACUGAUGGACCAAGAGCAGGCUAUCCAUUGGUUUGUGUCUCGCCAUGUAAUCCAAAAUACAGUAAUUAUGCACAGACUGGCUCUUUAUGUACUUCCCAAGGCAUUAAUGAUACAUUGACUGAGUUCCGUUGGCGAGUGGCUGCACCAAGCUCAGCUGAAGGUGUCUCCAAUUCAUUUAAAGAAGUAGAUAGUGAUACUUUUUUCUCUAGUACCAAAGGAAUCACUCUGGACAGUGUUUACUUUGGACCUGGUUCUCGUGUUCAGUGUUAUGCCAGAGCUGUUGGAAACGAUGACGAGAAAGGAUUAGAAUCCAAGAGUGAUACAAUUACCGUGGCCAUGGACGACGGUAUAUGUCCGCCAAGAGUAGUUGGUGCAGUAGGAGCUGAACCGUUUACUGCUAAGCUGAGAUAUACUGGUCCCGAUGACCCUGACCAUCCCAAUAUGAUACGAGUGACUGUCACAAUGCCGCAUACAGGUAUGUCAUUUGUUUGUCACAAUUAUGUAAUCAUAGAACACAGUGCAACACAUGAAAAAAUAUUCUCUCAACUCAACUUGAUGAAGAUGAUGAAGACACAUUCUACCCAAACUGCGUUACUUUGCUGUGUGUUGGACUUAAUACAAUCAUACGUAACUCUGAGAGUACCAUUAUACGUAUCUUAUAUAUUUCAUUCGCCCGUGGCUGUUGGUGGGUGGCAACAUUUCGAUUUGCAAUCGCAAUUAAUGCUUACAUUCGUGUAUGACACUGCUAUACUCUGGGAGGACGGUAUCGGAACACCACCCGAUUCCACUCUACAAGGAUUCCUGUACCCUACAAGCAUGCGUAUUAACGAAGAUGGACGGCUUGUCGUAAACUUCAGAACGGAAACCCGGUUUAGAGGAUUGUUUGUUUCAAGCCAUCAAAGUACAAGUCUAACUUCCAUGGUGAUGUCGCCUGACAACAGUGACUUGACAUUUUUGUUGGAGUUAAUAAGAUCAGAACCAACAUACGCUCAACCAGAACAAACAUGGCAGUUUACGUCAGACUAUGCUGUGAAAGAUUACAGUGGGGAUUACAUCAUAAAACUUGUGCCGUGCACAACAACCAAUGAUAUUGAAUACAGCUUACCCCCCAUAUGUAAUCCUAGAGAUCCCAUCACCUUUCAACUACCAAUCCGAUUCCAACAAGUCAGCGAUCCAGUUCCUGCCAGGUUUAGUCUGGAUACACAAUUCUUUCUGCUUUCUAAAGAGGAUCUCUGGCUAUCUGAUGGUUCCAUGGGAUUUGGCGCAGAAAGUGACGCAGCUUUCUCAGAAGGCGAUACAAUGUAUGGAAGAAUAAUGGUGGAUCCAGUACAGAAUCUUGGAGACUCGUUCUUUGUUACUUUAGAGAAGUUAUAUCUGUGCACCGGAUCGGAUGGUUAUGUUCCGAAAUAUGACCCAGCAAACCAAGAAUACGGAUGCGUAGCCGACUCUCCGACAUUGCUUUAUAAUUUCAAAAUAUUGGACAAAGGAGCUCCUAAUACGGUGACAAGAGAAUUCAGUAGUGUUCCUUUUGAUGCACACUUAGCCGUAGAUGACCCCGCCGCUUUGCCGCUAGCGAAGCAACCUGGUUCUGAUGGAUUCAAAAUGAGUUGUAAUCCACUAUUCAAGGUUUCUUCUGGUCGUCAGUGGUACUUGCAUGCGAUCUACACUGUAAGGUCAGCUGACAAUGCCAAUAGAGGUAUCGGCAAGCGCAGUGUGGAAAUGCACAGCAUUGCAGAAGCACCACAAGAAACGCAACGUUAUAAACGUGAACUGGAAGACGUCAAAGAAAUAGGCACCGACGGCAAAGGAACAAACAUGCACAUGAUCUCGUUGAACCAUACCGAUAAAAAUUACGUCGGUAACGAUUUGGUCCUCGGUGGUGAAUAUGAAAUUAGUCAGAACACGUCGAAAAAUCCAGUUCCAGUUGUUCCAAUUGUUGCUGUACUUUGCGCGCUGGGUUUAGUUCUUUUAAUAGUAAUCAUCAUAGUUGUAUUUCAGAGGCGAAGACAUAAGCGUAGUUACGAACCAACUAAACCCGUUAGUGUUAUAACCCCUAAUGGCAAUGCCAAGGUGGUAGAUAUAAAUAGAUAUCAAAAUAACGAUAAGACAGAAGUAUAA